AUGGCUUCCAGCAUCAGGACCACCCGCGCUCUUGGCGGUGCCCUGCGCCCCGUCGUCGCUAGCGCCCGUGCGGCUGGCCGCCGGACCUACGCCACCGCUGAGCUCGACCUCAAGACCACGCUCAAGGAGAUCAUCCCCGAGAAGCGCGAGCUCCUCAAGAAGGUCAAGGCCCACAGCGACAAGGUCAUCGGCGAGCUCAAGGUCGAGAACACCAUUGGCGGCAUGCGCGGCCUCAAGUGCAUGGUCUGGGAGGGCAGUGUGCUCGACGCCAAUGAGGGUAUCCGCUUCCACGGCCGUACCAUCAAGGACUGCCAGAAGGAGCUGCCCAAGGGCAAGACCGGCACUGAGAUGCUGCCCGAAGCCAUGUUCUGGCUGCUUCUGACCGGCAAGGUGCCUUCGGUCAACCAGGUCCGGCAGUUCUCCCGGGAGCUCGCUGAGCAGGCUCAGCUGCCCGAGUUCGUCAACAAGAUGAUCGACAACUUCCCCAAGGACCUGCACCCCAUGACCCAGUUCGCCAUCGCCGUCUCAGCCCUCAACCACACCUCCAAGUUCGCCAAGGCCUACGAGAAGGGCCUAAGUAAGGCUGACUACUGGGAGCCUACCUUCGACGACUGCAUCAGCCUGCUGGCCAAGCUGCCCACCAUCGCUGCUAAGAUCUACCACAACACCUACAAGGGCGGCGGUGCUCUUCCCGGCGAGGUCGAUCUGGAGCAGGAUUGGUCUUACAACUUUGCUGCCAUGCUCGGCAAGGCCGGCAAGGAGAACGAGGACUUCCAGGACCUGCUCCGUCUCUACCUCGCCCUCCACGGUGACCACGAGGGUGGCAACGUCUCUGCCCACACCACUCAUCUGGUCGGCAGCGCCCUCAGCGACCCCUUCCUGAGCUAUAGUGCCGGUCUCCAGGGUCUGGCUGGUCCUCUCCAUGGUCUCGCCGCUCAGGAGGUGCUCCGCUGGAUCCUCCAAAUGAAGGAGGCCAUCCCGGAGAACUACACCGACGAAGAUAUCCGCAACUACCUCUGGCAGACCCUCAACAGCGGCCGUGUCGUGCCCGGCUACGGCCACGCCGUCCUGCGCAAGCCUGACCCGCGCUUCGAGGCCCUUAUGGACUACGCCGCCUCCCGCCCACGCAUCGCUGCCGACCCCGUCUUCCAGCUCGUCCUGCGCAACUCCAAGAUUGCCCCUGAGGUCCUCAAGGAGCACGGCAAGACCAAGAACCCCUACCCGAAUGUCGACUCGUCGUCCGGUGUCCUCUUCCACCACUACGGCUUCACUGAAACCCUGUACUACACCGCCACCUUCGGUGUCUCACGUGGUCUUGGCCCGCUCGCUCAGCUCAUCUGGGAUCGUGCUCUGGGUCUGCCCAUCGAGCGGCCUAAGAGCAUCAACCUUCAGGGUAUCCUGGAUCUGGUUGAGGGGAAGUAA